AAUCAAAACCCUAAUUUACAUGGUCGCGACCUCGAACUUGUCCUAAAACGCCGACGCCGAUAGUCGCCGUCAAUAGUUUCUGACUCGAAAAAGAGAAGAUGAAGGAAGGCAGAAAGCUGAAGAAGAGUAAUCUCCACGGAGGGUUUGCUUCAGCUCAAGUGGUUGAGAAAGUGCAGACGAAGAUGAAAGAGAAAGUGAGCAAUGUUGUACAUCCUCAAGCUACAGUACAAGCUAUCACGCCUAAUAGAAAGAAGGUUGAAUUGAAGAAGAAGAAGAAGAAGAAGAAGGUUGCCGAGGAAAUAGGUAUCUCAAACGAGAAAAUCAAAGGCAAUAAGGGAAAGUUGAACAAGGCUAAGAAUAAAAGGAAGGCCGAUGAGAUAUCUAGUGGUCCUGUCGAUGGUCAUCUGAUAAAACAAACUGAUGACGAUACAAACGUGGCUAAUGAUGCAACUGAAACGAGAAACCGAAAGUCUAAGAAAAAGAGAAAGAUGAAGCUGACCUCUACUAAAGAGAUUGAAAAGAAGAACAAAGCUGAAGAAGAGGAGGAAGAUGUUUAUGAAAUAUCUUCAGGCGAUGAAGAUUGCUCCAGAGGAAUGAAAAAGUGGGUUACUGAUUACUAUGAGAACAGGCCCGGUUUAGACGAGCUGCAAAAGAGAAUCGAUGACUUCAUGACUGCUCACGAAGAACGCCUUGAGCAGGAGAAACAAGAGCGAGAAGCUAAAGCAGCAGAAGGCGGUUGGACCGUGGUCGUGCAUCAUAAAGGGAGGAAAAAGACAACAGACGCUGAAUCUGGAACAGCUGUUGGAUCUGUUUCUCAGGCUGCUUUGGAAGAUAAGGUAGCUAAGAAGAAAAAGACUGAGAUUGUCGGUCAUGGUUUCUACCGUUUCCAGAGGCGAGAUGCACAACGAAGUGAACUCUUGGCGCUUCAGACUAAGUUCGAGGAAGACAAGAAGAGGAUACAACAAAUUCGAGCUGCUCGCAAGUUUAAGCCUUACUAAGAACCAAACAGAUCCUACAUGGAUCAUAUAGAGGUUUGUGAGCAAUAUCAUGUGUUUUUACGAUCAAUUUUUGUAAUUGACAAUUUCAUGAGCUUUUGUGGGUGUUUUUACCCUUGAAAGAUUAUAUUUUAUCAACCUUUUGAAAUCGAA